UCGACAGGGUCUGGCACAGAAGUCUUCUCUCCAAGCUACCGGCAUAUGGUCUGCCUGCUCAGCUAUGCACCUGGAUUGCCAGCUUCCUACACAAGCGUAGCCUUCGUGUUUUAGUAGAUGGUUGCGCUUCACAAUUCUAUGUAGUGAAUGCUGGGGUCCCCCAGGGAUCUGUGCUAUCUCCCACACUCUUUCUUUUGCAUAUCAAUGAUAUGCUCUCCCUUGGGAACAUACAUUGCUAUGCAGAUGAUAGUACAGUGCAUGGUGGAUACCACGGACGCGCAGUGGCUGGGCGGGCGGAAACUGAGGAGAGGCGGGAGAAUCUUGUCAUUGAACUCGAUAGGACGUUAGAUCUCAUCGCCAAAUGGGGCUCUGAUAAUCUUGUUGAGUUUAAUGCCAAGAAAACACAGGUAUGCGCUCUCACGGCGAAAAAGUCAACAUUUUCCCCUCUUCCCUCCCUCUGUGGUACUCCGCUGGUGAUGCAAAGCAAAAUCGCCAUGCUGGGGAUUGACGUUCGCUGCGACCUUAGUCCAAGGGAUUACAUCGAGGCUGUUAUAAAAACAGCUUCACGGAAACUCGGAGUUCUGAACAAGGUGCGGCGCUUUUUCACGCCACAACAACUGUGCCUGCUGUACAAAACACAGGUACGGUCUUGCGUGGAAUAUUGCUCGCACCUUUGGGAUGGCUCCGCUAAGUACCUACUUGAGGCCUUGGACCGGUUGCAGCGACGUGCCGUACGCAUUAUUGGCGACGUAAAGGUCACAAACACCCUCGAGCCUUUACAAUUGCGUCGAGAGAUAGCAGCGCUGAGCGCUUUCUAUCGACUGUAUCACGGCGAGUGCUCUUAGGAAUUAUUCUCUCUAAUUCCUGCUUCACCCUUCCUUCAUAAGUCUACGCGUACUG